CUCUUGACCAUGAUGCGAGGCUCACAAAAUCUGCUGAGAGCUGCCACUCAAUGUCAAGCUUUGGCUUCUGGGUCAGCUUGGCGCUUGGCUUCUACCAGUCGCCUGACAGCACCCCCUUCGCAGCUCAGCAUCCCUAGGCACUUCUCCUCCGCACGACCAUGGCUACAAGACCAGACUAUCGGUCAGAGCAGCGCUCCUCUGAGCUCGCAGUCGCAGUCGGACUCAGCGGGUCCGUCUCCCACAUCUACUUCUACGUCUACCGCCGCCUCUUCUCCCAGCAUCGAUCGACAGGAGUGGAAGGAAUUCGGUGACGUCUUCACUGCUGACGUUGCCGCCUCUUCCGGUCUCUCUUCCUCUUCGUCAUCAGGCAUGAGGGGUCGAAUCUUGACAAGAGAGGAAGAACUCGAAGCCGAAUGGGCCAACCGUCCACUUCUAGGUACACCUCCAGCCAAACCGCAUACGGGACGCACAGUACAGAUUGAUCAAGCGGGCAGGAACGUAGCGGUCGGAUACAAGAUUCUCAUGGCCACCCUGAACAGGAAUGCGGUACGAAGGGAGCUCAAGUUGACGGAGAGGUAUGAGAAGCCGAAUCAGAUGAGAGUGAGGAAGAAGAGUGAGAGGCAUAGGAGGAGAUUUGCCGAGAUGAUCAGGGAAAAGGUCAAGCUGGUCCUGGAGAUCAAGAACCGAGGAGGAUGAGAGAAAGGGCCGGAGAAGCGCAGAG